AUGUCCAAAAGGAAGCAGAAGACCUCCAACCCGGAGGUUGAAGUAUGCAUGCUGUGUCGCCGAGCAGAUGUUCACCCGGACGCCUGCGGGCCCAUGCUUGGCGAGAGCGGGCUUUGCGUCCACAAGUUUUGCUUGUUUUUUGCUGACGGCCUUUACGAACACACUGCCGGACAGAGGGCGGUUCUGCAGAUCCCCCUUGAUGCCAUCAGAUGCGCAAUCGAGGAGGCAGAGCAGAAGCACUGCUUCGUUUGUGGAGACAAGGGGGCCUCCAUCCACUGUGCAGAGACAGGCUGUGAACGCAGCUUUCAUCUGCCCUGUGCCACGGAUGGGGAAUGUGUCACGCAGUUCUUUGGGCAGCACAGGUCCUUCUGCUGUGAGCACCGCCCUCAGCAGGCCGUGGAGGCAGCUCCAGAGCAAGACACAAACUGCGUCAUCUGCCUGGAGCCCGUGGGGGACAAAAAGUCCUACCACACCAUGGUGUGCCCGGUGUGCACACAGGCCUGGUUUCACCGGAGCUGCAUCCAGGUAGGAGCCCUCCCUGCCCUUGCUCUGCAGUCAGCAGGUGCUCAGCUGCACCAGGCCCCGCUCACACUCUGGCUGCUUGUGUUACCGCUGCAGGGACAGGCCAUGAGUGCUGGCAUUCUGCACUUCCGAUGUCCCGUCUGCAAAGACAGGAUGCAAUUCCGGAAAGAAAUGCAUCUCCUCGGGAUCCAAAUCCCAGCCAGAAGACCUACAUGGGAGGACAAGAAGAGCUAUGAAACUCUGCACAAGAAACACCAGCGCUGUGAUGUCGGCGAGUGCCUUCACACAGAAGGCAGGGAGCAAGCAGAGAAACACGGGCCCUGGGAGCUGCUCCUGUGCACCUCGUGUGCUGCGCAAGGCACCCACCGGCUCUGCUCUAAUUUGAGCAACAGCCUGAGCAGCUGGGAGUGUGACAGCUGUGCUGGCGUGGGCACAGCCUCCAGAGCCGAGUCGCAGCUUGCUGGUCCCAGCACUGCCAGCCAGGAGGCGCCGGGACCAUCUCAUAGCUCCCCAGCACCUGAUGACCGCAGAUCUGCCUCUACCAGCCAGGCAGCAUUGGAGUCAUCUCCGAGUUCCCAGCUGCCUAAGCGCAGCAGCCUGUCCAGCCAGCCCAAGACAGGACAGAGGAAAAUCCUGAGAUGUAAAUCCAACCAAGAAGAUCAAGGGAGCAGCCAGCAGCAAGCGGGGUACUCUGGCAGAAGGCAAUCUAGGCAGCAGCAGGGCACAGGCCGGACAAGAAGCCGCUCUCCACUCAAGGGUCGUGCCUCAAAUUCCCCCAGGCAGCUCAGAAGACCAGCUGGCAGCAGACGCUCUCCAGCCUCAGGCGUUGGGAAGUGCAUGUACAUCUUUGCCAGGCAGGGGGCAUCCAACAAUUCCCCGGGAGCUGCCAACAUCAGAUGCCAAAGCCAGGGACAAAGCCAGUCCUCCCUACAAGCCAGCUCAGAAGACCAGCUGGCAGCAGACGCUCUCCAGCCUCAGGCAUUGGGAGGAGCAUACACAUCUCUGCCAGGCAGGGGGCAUCCAACAAUUCCCCGAGGGCUGCAAACAUCAGAUGCCCAAGCCAGGGACAAAGCCUGUCCUCCCUACAAGGUCCGGCAUCAAAUCCCUCGAGCCAGCCCCAAGGACGCCGUGGCAGCAGAAUUAGCCCGGCCCAAGGUGCUGGGAGCAGCACCCAGAGCUCUGCCGGACAGGUGGCGCCGAGGUCCUCCAGGCAUUCCCAGCUGCCUGAACGCAGAAGACGUUGCAGUGUUCUGCAGCGAGGGCAGAACCAAGAUCGAAGCCGUUCCCCACGGGAUCGUCGGCCUUCCAAUUCCCAAAGACAGUCGGGAGGAAGCCUCAGCCCCCGUUCCAGGCAGCAGCGGCCAUCUCAGGCACGAUGCCCCUCCCGGGACCAGCCCUGAAGACACUGCAGGAGCAGCCAUGGACCAGAGGGAAGAAAAGGAAGCAUUAAUGGCUUACGAGCUGGUCUGGCACGGCCCUGUGACUAUAGAGGCAACGGACUCAUGGGCCCCAGGAGAAGCAUACGGAGAUUGCAGACGGGUCUACAAAAACUACAAAGCAGCGGCAACCAUCUGA